AUGCCAUCAUCUUCAUCUUCAGUUGAUCAUGGAUUAGUUAACAAUCGAAUGUAUCACCCUGGUGAAAAUAAAAUUAUUCAAUGUAUAAAACUACCAAAUGAAAAAAUACGACAUAACUACAAUGAUUUGAAUUCGUCUAAAAUAACAAUUAAGGUUAAAAUGUCAGCUAUAAACUACUUAACUGAUUUUAAUAAUUUACAUUCAUUAGUAAUUCCAAGUUUUAGAAUUAUUGGGAAAUUAACAGGCGGUGCUUCAUCGAUUAAAUAUUUAGUAUGGCCAUUUACCAAUUGUCAAGUUGAAAGAAGUCAUACUUCAACAGAUCCAAUUUCAAUAACAUCAAAUUGUUGCUGUAAUUUGACUUAUGGUGUUGAUUUAAAUGGAGGAUUUCAAGAAUUUAUCACUGUUCCCAAAAAAUUAUUAAUUCCAAUUCAUAAGAAUGUGAGUUUACAUGAUGUUUGUUUUAUCUUUGACAUUUUAUUACCUUUCUACAUUAACAUUCAGAAAGUAAAGGGUAGGACAUUGGUGCUAUUGAAUGAUAUACAGAAAGAAAUGAAUGAAAUUUUGAUAAUUUUAGACCAUUUCAAGAUCAAACAAAAUAAUAUUGUCAUACUAGAUGAGGUUGAUCCCAAAUAUAAAGACCAAUUUGAUACUGUGUUUUGCUUUAAUCCAAACCUAACGACUUUUGCCGAGUUUUGUUGUACUUCUACUGGUUUGACGAGUACUAAACAAAGAUAUACUAUUCAUACUACAUUUCCAAUUAUUGCAAAAUCAAUAGAUAAAAGUUAUAAUUACAUUAAACUAACAUAUGAACAUAAAUUAUCAUGUAUUGAAGUGUUGAAGAUACUAUUUAAUUUAAACUCAAAAAGAGAUGAAGCUAGAUCAAACCUUGAUUUGAAAGUUUCAAGUACAAACAAUUCACAUUCAAAUUCAACUUCAUCAAGUUCUUCAAUUUCCAAUUCCCAUUAUUCUUGGAUAUGGUAUGAUAAGGAUGUAGACCUUGUAAAUCAUGAUGAUUUUGAAGAAGAUGAAGAAGAUGAGAGAAUAUUAGAUGAGAUUAAUCAGUUGAUCAUAGAGAAGAAAUUAUAUCGAGUUGGUUAUUUCAAUCGAAGGUCUAAGAAGGAAAUCAAUGCAUGUAUUAUAUAA